AUGGGAAAGGAGAAGCCCCAUGUUAACUUGGUGAUUAUAGGGCAUGUUGACAGUGGAAAGUCGACCACCACCGGCCACCUGGUGUACAAAUGUGGUGGCAUCGAUCAGAGAAGGCUGGAGAAGUUUGAGAAAGCUGCGGCACAGAUGGGGAAGAGUUCCUUCAAAUUUGCCUGGGUGUUGGACAAGUUGAUGGCUGAGCGGGAGCGAGGGAUCACCAUCGAUAUCUCGCUGCUGAAAUUCAACACUCAAAAAUACACCAUGACUAUAAUAGAUGCUCCUGGCCACCGUGACUUCAUUAAAAACAUGAUAACAGGGACCUCACAGGCUGAUGUUGCCCUCCUGGUGGUCUCUGCAGCUAAAGGGGAGUAUGAGGCCGGUGUGUCCAGAAGUGGGCAGACCAGAGAGCACGCCUUGCUGGCCUACACUCUAGGUGUCAAGCAGAUCAUAGUCUGUGUGAACAAGAUGGACCUGACCGAUCCGCCUUACAGCCAGAAACGCUUUGAUGAAGUGGUGCAAGGCGUGAGCGGCUUCCUGAAGAAGAUUGGUUUUGACCCAAGGACUGUCCCCUUUGUUCCAAUAUCUGGCUGGACUGGAGAGAACAUGAUCACAGCAACUCAGAAGAUGCCCUGGUUCCAAGGCUGGAAAGCCAGACGAAGAGAAGGGAAUGCAACCGGGAGAACACUCCUAGAAGUCCUGGACUCCAUUCACCCACCAGUGCGCAGCAUCAACAAGCCCCUACGAUUACCUCUACAGGAUGUCUACAAAAUUGGAGGAGUUGGGACCGUCCCAGUGGGUAAGAUAGAAACAGGCAUCCUGAAACCUGGCAUGACUCUGAUGUUCUCCCCUGCCAAGCUCACUGCUGAGGUGAAGUCCAUUGAGAUGCACCACCAGGGGCUGGAAACGGCUCUGCCAGGACACAAUGUUGGCUUCAACAUUAAAAACGUGGCUGUCAAGAACCUGCGGCGAGGGGAUGUGGCUGGCAACGCCCAGCAGGAUCCUCCAUCAGAUGUCAGCAGCUUUGAGGCUCAGGUGAUCAUCCUGAACCACCCAGGGAAGGUGAAAGCGGGCUACUCUCCCGUCCUGGACUGCCACACCACCCAUGUGACCUGUCGCUUUGCUGAGCUGAAGGAGAAGGUCGACCGCCGCACGGGCAAGAAACUGGAGGACCAGCCGCAGAUGCUGGUGUCUGGAGAUGCGGCCACAGUCAAGCUGGUUCCCAUCAAGCCCAUGUGUGUGGAGAGCUUCUUCACAUAUCCUCCCUUAGGACGCUUUGCAGCACGAGACCUGAAGCAGACGGUUGCUGUAGGGGUCAUCAAGUCUGUGGAGAAGGAACAAGGGUCCAAACUUAAAGCCCAAGUGUGUAAAUAA